AAUAUACGUUCUUUGUUAUAAAAAAUUAAAUUGUUUUGGAAUUAAAUGGUUUUACCGUGAAUAGGUCUGGGUAACACAAACAGCGCUGCCGUUGCGACGCCAUUAAAGAAAAUUGCAUUCAAUACAACAACAGAAACAUAAAGUUCUCUAGACCGAAAGAACGAAAAUCAGAAGUAAUCUAAACGUGAAUAAAGUUAGAUGCAAGUGGGCAACUUAAGGAAAAUAUAAAAAAAGAACACGAACUGCUGAAAAUCUCCUGUUUUUGGUGACGAAUCAAAGAAGUGGAACGUUUACGCAUUACUUGCCAUUGUGUCCAUAUACACUAAUAUUAAAUGUUUUUAAUACCGAACUGAAUAAGUGCUAAAGAUUAAAACCGUGCCGAGCUUUGUAGAAAAGUUGUGGCAUUCAAACGCAUUUAAGUCUAAAUUCAUUAAGUUAAUAAAAAAGAAACAGAAAUGAAGAUAACAGUAACUACAAUGUCUGAUGGUGUGUUUUUCCUGGACGUCAAUGAAGAGCUAGAGUUAGAAAACUUCAGGGCAUUCUGUAAAAUGGAAAUGGAACUUGGCCUACAAACGAAUGUUGUUAUUCUUUUUAAUGGUUCUCCUUUGACGGAUGACAAGAAACAACUCAAAGAUUAUGGCAUCAAAGAUGGUGACUGUGUAAUAGUACAAAAUGUACCAAUGCGUUCAGGGGGAGGCUCCCCAGCAGCUGGUGGACAAAAUGCCCCACCGGCGGUAAGCGGCUUAGACUUCACUAAUAUUGUUGUACCCGGCACAAGUGGUAGCAGUACUUCUGGCCUGCCACCAGGAUUUCGUCCUGAACCAACCGGUAUGGAAUACUCCGAUUCAGAUGAGUUUAAUGUAAACUACGAUGAUGAUCCGGCUACAGUACGUAAGAUGCUACUAGCAAAUCCAUCGGCUGUAGCAUUGUUGAAACAGAAUAACCCAAGGCUCGCUGAUGCGUUGUUUUCCAAUGAUUUAGAAGCUUUUACCAAAGUUUUACGUGAACAAAUCGAUCUCAGAAAACAAAGACAAAUGCAACGUUUACGUAUGUUAAACGCUGAUCCGUUUGACGAAGAGGCUCAACGCCUUAUUGCUGAAGAGAUUAAACAAAAGAAUAUUCAAGAUAAUAUGGCGGCAGCCAUUGAAUAUAAUCCAGAAAUUUUUGGCACCGUUACAAUGCUCUACAUUAACUGCAAAGUCAAUGGUGUGCCUGUGAAAGCAUUCGUCGAUUCGGGUGCUCAGACAACGAUUAUGAGUGCAUCAUGCGCUGAGCGCUGCAAUUUAAACCGUCUCAUCGAUACAAGAUGGAAUGGUGUUGCUAAGGGAGUAGGAACCCAGCGUAUUAUUGGCAGAAUACACAUGGUACAAUUACAAAUUGGAAAUGAUCAUUUAACAUCAAGUUUUUCAGUGUUGGAAAAACAGCCAAUGGAUAUGCUGCUGGGACUCGAUAUGUUGAAGCGUCACCAGUGCAACAUUGAUUUGCAACGUAAUGUCUUGCGCAUUGGUACUACCGGUACAGAAACCCAAUUUUUGCCCGAAAAUGAACUGCCAGAAUGUGCACGUCUCAGUGGAGCAAAUGAGGAAGAAUUACAGCUAUUAGAACAAUCAGCUAGCGAGGCAGAGUCACGCGCCAUACAACAAGCAAUUGAGCAAAGCAAGCAUGAUGCAGCGUCUACGUCGCAAAGAUCCCAAGGUGGUGGAACUAGCGAUAUUUCGCCUAAUGAUAGUUUCACGGAAAAUGAUGUUACAGAGUUGGUUAAUUUCGGCUACAAACGUCAGGAUGUGAUUGCCGAGUUACGCCGUCAUAACGGCGAUAAAUUGCAGGCAACUGCUGCCCUAAUUGCAAAGUCACUAACCUUUUGAGAAGACGUUGGCGUCGUCAACACUGUCGCCGCCCUGAAACAGUAAAUUACAGUAGAAUGAGGAACAAAAACAUAUUAUUUUAAGCAAAAAUUAUAAGAUUUAAAUGUACAUAUGUGUACAUUUAUAAAUGUAUAUAAAUAUUGUCCAUUUAUAUACGCAAAAUUUUCAUUAAUUGAUGAAGGUGAAAAAACAACAAGCCUUAGCGGCAAUAUUUAAAAACAAAGCGAAAGCUUUAAGAAUUGAAUAAGCCUACCAUAACAUACAAACUACCUCAGGCUAGAGCAUUUCUUAUUUUAUACACAAUGGAAUGGACAAAUACUGUGGCGGAUUUGUGAGCAAAAUAUAAGACUCGUAUGCGUACGGGAUAGAAAGGAUAAGACACACACAUAUGCGAAGCGAUUAUUCAUUCAAAUUUGGUGGAUUAUACAAUAUCAACUUCAUAAUUUUGGAUACCGAUGGUUCUUCUAAGACUUUAAUAUUUUUUGGUCUAGUCUAGUAAGAAAUUUCGGACUAUCGUUUAAAUAUACAUACAUAUAUGGUGUACGAAAAGGGUUAAUAAAGGUAAAAGUAGUAAGGUAAUUAAUAAACUAACAUGGAAUCACUUAAUAAAAA